UUGGAUUCUAAUGAAAAUAUUAUAAGCAUUGAAGAAAAUAAAGAAAUUAAAGAAGAAACUAUCGCAUAUCUUACUGCUCGUUUAGCUGUUAAUGCUAACAAUAUAUAUUAUUCUACAGUUUCAGUUGAAUAUUCUUCAACAAGUCCACUAAAUGAUAAGGGACCAUCUGGUUUUGUUACGAUUUAUAAUAUGCUUAAUAUUGAAGAUUAUAUUAAUGAUAAUGAACAAGAUCUAAGUCAAGAACAAGAACUAAGUCAAGAGCAAAUUCAAAGAAAAAAGCAAAUACAGGAUGAAUUAAAAAAAAGUGCCUAA